AUGGCUGAGGACGGAGGGCGCUACACAAGCCGGAGCUUCGGGCAGGCGUGGCUGGACAGGCACGUGCACCUGUACGUGGCCGCGGGCGCCCCCCUGCUCGGGGCCCCGGCGGCGGCCAGGGCCACGCUGCUGGGGGACAGGAUGGGCCUGGAGGCGUUCCUGACGAUGCCCGAGGCCACGCUGAUGGCACGCUCAUUCAGCAGCUCCCCCUGGCUGUUCCCGAUCGGCGAGCGGGCCAGCACGACGUUCUACCUGCGGCGGCAGAGCCUGCUGGAGGUCCGGGACUUCGUGGCGUGCCUGGAGGGCCUCGGCGUGGAGUCGAACAAGAACAGGAUCGUGCUCGCUGUCGAGAUCGACAUGGGCCCCGGCUUUGCCGCGGAGUCGCUGACAACCAAGUCGUCGGUGACGUUCGAGGACCAGACGGCGACCUUCGAUCCCGGCAGCAACCUGAUGUUCUUCGGCUGCCCCGCGGACCUCCCGGAGGACGCCAGCAUCAGGGUGAUCGUGAAAGAGAAGGGGCUGCACGACGACAGCGUCGUCAACCCGCUGAAGAGGCUGAGCAAGGGGUUGGUGGCCGCCGUGCAGCUGGCGAGCGAGGCGGCGCACGGCCGCAGCGGCAGAGGGGUACCCAAGGCCAGCACCACGGUUCGCAGGCUGGGGGAGCUCUUGCGGGUGGAGCCGGAUGCCGACGGCUUCGUGCAGGCGAGCCUGCAGCUGGCCAAGCUGCACGCCUUCGGCCCGCAGACGGCGACGAAGGGAGACGGCUGGCUGAAAGGCUGUGUGAAGUUCAGGGUCAGGUGGCGCGAUCCGAAGGCAUUGCGUCUGGCCUGGCUGGGUUCCCAGGGACUCGACCAGUUCACGCCAUCCAGUAGUGCAGGCGAGGGGGGCUUCCAGCUGCGGCACAAUCUGCGCUCCAGAGCGGCAUACGACAGCGUGAGCCACCUGGAGCUCCUGCAGAUGGAGGGGUCUGCCACUCCCGCGGGAGUGAAGUGCCCAGAUGUCAUGAAGGUUUGGCGGAAAUACUACGAGAGGGACAGUGCCUACAACCAUAAUGGAGCGGACGACUGCCCCCCUGUCCGCAACAUGCUCGCUGUUCAUGGCGUCAACGUGCCCACUGAGGUCGGAUACGCCCUGAGAAUCAACACGGUGCGCGCCAAGCCGAGCAUGUUCAACACGCGAUUCGUGCUGGACGACGAGGCCGAGCUGGUUGCACCAAAGAAGGGCAUCGAGAUGAAGGGCGGCACGAUCUCAGAGGUUGCUGGCGGUGCAAGCCCCAGCGGCGACGGCACCGUCCCGCUGCACAGCCUCGAGCACUCCGAGGCCUGGCGAGGCCAGCUCAGGCUGAAGUCCGUGCGCCUGGAGUCCGUGGCGCACCGUGACAUGCUCGCAGACCCGCAGUUCCACGAGGCGCUGCACGACGUCCUGUGGCCCAUGGGCGGCUUCCUGGACCGCUGGCAGUCGUCGACGAACGGGCACGAGUGGUUCGACUUUCCCGCGGCCGCCUCCUCGCAGCUGGAAGCCGCUCGGACUGCUGGCAAAGACAGCAUCGAGCUGAGCAUCAAUAAGUACACCUACCACGUAGACCUGAAGGCGCUCGUGCAGCGCAAUGUGUCGACCGGCAGGGAGCGGCAGGUCCGCAGGCUGCUGGUCCCCGCUGGCGAGCUGUGCGAGGCCUCGGAGCUCGUCGUCACGCCCUACCGGGGCUGGCCCGACGGCGGCUUUGAGCGCGAGGCCGUCGUCGCCGAGGGGUGCAGCGAGGCGGAGGCCUGCUCCUGCGCGCGCCGGGCCGUGCGGGAGGACCCGGCAAACUGCGUGGCGGAGGUCGUCUUCCGCGUGUCCUUGACGGGCGGGCGCUGGCUGGCGAAGGCGUUCACGUCCGGGCCCGAGCAGUGCAUGACCUUCGCGCGCGGCCACGGCAGGGGCUACAUGGUUUACAGCAGCGAGGCGAGGUCGAAGCCCCCCGCAGCCUGA